AUGCAUUCUGUACUUGCAGCAUCAGGAUGUCAUUACCGCUACCAUCGCAAAUCACCGCGAGCACGAUGUCUAAGCGAAACAUACCAUGCAAUGCGAGCCUGCUCUGGUCUGAGGCAGUGGCUGGAAGCGCAGAAGUUGGACAAGGUUGACGCCGCCAUCACAACGUCGAUGUUUCUAGGAUGCAUCUCGUUCGCUGACAUGGACGACGAUUUCCAAGUGUCAUUGCAACAUCGCCAGACGCCCUUCUCCUGGCUCGGCAGUCAACUUGGUCUCGGACCAAUCUUGACGCUCUUCCAAUCGAAAUCGGGCGUCGACCGGAGCAUGUGGAUAAGCACGUUAGAACCGGUGGUGGAAGCUCUGCUCAUACCGCACCCUGACGACCACGGUCAGCAGCCAGGAGGGGCGCACGGCGGCGGCGUCCCGGCCGAAUUGGCGACGAUAUUCGAGGUCUUCUCCUUCUCGUCCUCCUCCACCAACCACCCGUAUCUUCAGACGCUUCGCAGACUGUGUCGGCUGGUGGCCAUUGAUCCUGAGGAUGAACUGGCUCUUCUCCAGUACGUGCAGUUCGUCGAAGGCAUUUCUUCGCAGUUUCUGCAUCUUCUCAACUCGCUUGACACGAGGGCGCUCCUGCUCGUGUCAUACUGGCUUGCCCUGCUGUGCGCCAAGGACUGCUGGUGGACUCGUGCGCGCGCUCUGAAUGACUGCCGGGCCAUCUGCGAGCAAAUCGAGCAGGCCGCGGACAAAUCUCUGUGGUGGAAGUACGUGGAUUUUCCCGCCGCUGCCUGUGGCUAUCCUUACACGUGUGACGAUCCAGCAGGGCAGCGUUUGGUCGAGGGGCUCCGAAGUGGUGGUGGUGGUGGUGGCCAACUUGCCCUUUCUCCCUUGUAG